AUGUCAGAUUCAGAGUUAAAUGACUGGGAGCCUGUUGGUGGCAGUUCGGGCAAUUUGUCUGCAAAUAACAGUGAACCAGAAGCUAUGCCGGAUACUUUAGGACUUGGAAUAGAAAAGGAUAGUAAGAUACUAGAACCACCAUUUGUACCUAAUCAAAGUAAUAAUAAAACUUCAGAACAACGCAGAACCUCUUCAAUGUCAGAUGAUGAAGAUAUGAACAUGAAUAAGAAUUUAAAAGAGUCUAAACUACUACCCAAUGAAAGAGAUUUUAGUGAUCAGAUCGCCUCAAAAGACAUACAAAGAGAAAUUUUAGAGCCAAUUGAUACUUCCUUAGAUAGCAAUAAUGCCAAGAUUGGAUCCGAAUGGGAUGCUAUAGAUAAGAAUUAUACCGAUGAUGUGAUCUCCAACUCAGAAGUUAAGACUCUUGACUCUGCUACAAAUGAGACUGAUAAUGAUGCACUCAAGGAAGAAAAUACAUCACCUUCAAUGUUUAUGAAUAACAUGCUUCAAGCUUUUUCAUUGUCUUCUGGGUCAGCAAAUAAAGACAACAGUAAUCAAUCAAGAGGAAGUUCCAAUCCUAACUCCCCAAAUAUCAUCUCACAUAGAAGAAAUCCAUCACAUACGAGGAAGAAAUCCAUAAAAUCUAAUUCAAAUGUGCCACAAUCACCAUCUGUUUCUUCGCCUUUACAAAAGGUUGAUCACACCAAAGAAAAAGGGGAGUUUGAUUAUGAUCCGAAUCUGUAUGAUAAGGAUAAAUAUGAAGGAACACAUUUUCAUUACGCAUCCUAUGGUAGAAAUGUAGAUUUCCAUAACAUUUUUACGUCAAUCCCGAAAGAGGACAGGCUACUUGAUGAAUUCAACUGUACCCUUAGCCGCGAGUUUAUUUACCAAGGCACACUUUACGUGUCUGAGUCAUACCUCUGCUUUAACUCGAAGAUCUUAGGUUGGGUAUCUAAGGUAUUAAUCUCUUUCCGAGAAAUCACUUAUAUAGACAAGACUUCUUCAGUAGGAAUAUUCCCCAAUGCCAUCUCAAUUGAAACCGAGCAAGGGAAAACACAAUUCAACGGUUUUGUUUCCCGUGACCAUGCGUUUGACUUAAUUAAAGAAAUAUGGUCAAGAACUCUCUUAGCAAAGAAUGAUGAAGUAGAAGAUAAUCAAUCUAUUGAUGAAAAAUUAGCUGUUGUUAGUGAGAAGGAGAAGUCAAUACCACCUUCAUUGAACACCUCUUCAGGAUCUAGUUCCUCUGUAUCAAUGUCAGAUUAUGUUCGGAAAAUCGACAAUAUCGAUGAAGUAUUUUUUAAACUAAAUGAAAGGGCGUCUCGAAUUAGCUACUAUGGACCCUACCUAAUAACAAAUGAAGCGAAGGCAACUAAUCAUGACCUAGAAUACGAAACAUUUCUUGCUGAGGUAAAUCUCGAUGCCCCACCUGGAUUAGCCUUCCAGAUUAUGUUCAAUGAUCCAAAAGCCGAAUUCUUAUCUGAAUAUUUGAGUGCUCAAAAGGCUACAGAGGUAUCUAAUAUCAGUAAGUUUGACCAAACUAAUGAUUUGGGGGAAAAAAUGCGCAAGUACUCAUACGUAAAACCUUUGGGGUUUCCAGUUGGUCCUAAAUCAACUAUAUGCUAUGCUGAAGAUGUGAUAAAAGCCUAUGAACCUCGUAAUUACAUAGAUAUGAUAACAACUACAAAAACUCCCAAAGUCCCAAGUGGUGGUAAUUUCUCAACUAAGACUAGGUUUCUGUUUACCUGGCAAUCAGAAAGAACCUGCAACUUGAGAAUAUCAUACUGGAUUGACUGGUCAGGAAGCAGUUGGAUAAAAGGGAUUAUAGAAUCUGGUUGCAAAACUGGACAAACUGAUGCUAUUGAGUUACUAAUACCCUUAGCACAGAAGCAUAUAUUCGAGAAUACAGAAGUUUCAGAAAUCUCUGAUAAUUUUGAUCCUUAUGCCAUUGCCGAAAUAGAAGAAGAUAACGAAUUAGAGGUUACGAUUAAAUUAUUGACCAAGAAAAUAGAAGCACUCACUGAUAAAGUCGAGUUUAUAGACAAAAAUCGCCAUUUUGAGGGCACUAUCUCGAUAGGAUUAUCAAUUCUCAUUAUUAUCUUACUAUUGGCAAAUUUGAUUGUAAAAUAA